GAGACCAUCCAGAACACAUUCAGCUCUGCAGUCAAUGACUUCACUAUGAUCCUGUUCACAGUGGAGUCAGAUCCUAAAGCUCCAGCUGUUGUUAACUUUCUAAAGGGUAACAAGGACAUCCAGGAGUUCUCUGAGAGCUGUAGAGGAAGAUAUGUUCUCAAUAUCAACGACAAGCGGCAGAUCCCAGAGCUGUUGGAUGGUGUGGAAAAGAUGAGAGUCGCUGAGUCCAGAUUCUUCACAAAGGACAUGUUCACCAAGGCUCAGAUGAAGAAGGUUGUAGAGCAGGAGAGAGCUAAUGCGAGACUUAAAGCUGAACUGCGUGAUGUUAAAAAGAAGAGUGAGAUGGAAGGUGAUGAUAAACAUCAGAGCAGAGAGUGUCUCAGGAUGGUGCUGAUUGGGAAGACUGGCAAUGGGAAGAGUGCAACUGGAAACACCAUUCUGGGCAAAGAACAGUUUACAUCUAAAGGGAGCUUAAAAUCUGUCACUAAGUUUUGCGAGAAAGCAAAAGGAGAGAUUGAUGGACAGCCUGUUGCUGUGGUCGACACUCCCGGCUUGUUCGACACGACUCUGUCCAAUGAUGAGGUUCAACAGGAGCUUCUGAAAUGCAUCAGCAUGUUGUCUCCUGGACCUCAUGUCUUCUUACUGGUGCUGCAGAUUGGUCGCUUUACACAGGAGGAAAUGAACUCUGUGGAACUGAUCAAGAAAUAUUUUGGUAAGAAGUCAGGAGACUUCAUCAUCAUUAUAUUCACCAGAGGAGAUGAUCUCAGUCAGUCAAUUGAGAGUUAUAUAGAAGACUCAGAUGACUAUUUUAAAAAACUGGUACGUGACUGUGGAGGAAGAUACCAGGUCUUCAAUAAUAAGGUUACGAAUGAUAACACACAAGUCAGAGAGCUGCUGAAGAAGUCCAACAAAAUGAUGAAACAAAAUGGAGGCAACUGCUACACCUCAGAGAUGUUCCAAGAGGCUGAGGAAGCCAUACAGAAGGAAGUGGAGAAGAUCCUGAAGGAGAAAGAAGAAGAAAUGCAGAGACAGAGGGAGGAGCUUCAAAGAAAACAUGAGGAGGAAAUGGAAGCAGUGAAGAGAAGAAUGGAACAAGAGAAAGCAGAUAUUGAACUUGAGAGAGCCAAACAACUGGAAGAAAUGGAGGAAAACAUCAAGAAGGAGCGCAAGGAGAGAAAGAAAGAACAGGAAAUGAGAGAAGAAGAAGACACAAAGAAGAGAACGCAGGAAGAACUUCAACGACAGGAGUGGGAGCAAAAACUUGGAGCUCUUAAGUCAGAAUCAGAAGAAAAGUUGGAGCAGAGUAAAGAAGAGAUGAGAAGGAAACGAGAGGACUGGGAAAAGGAAAGAGAUGAAUGGUGGGACAAACGAAAUCAAGAAAAUGAACAGAAACGACAUGAGGAGCAAACAAGACUUAAAAAACUCCAAGAAGAAUAUGAGCAGGAAAGAGAAAAAUAUGAAAAGAAAAGAAAAGAAGAAGAUCGAAACAGAAGAGAACAGGAGGAAAAGGAGAGAAAAGAAUUGGAGGAAAACUAUAAGAAACAACUGGAGGACAUGAAGAAGAAAUAUGAAGAGGAGGCCAGAAAACAGGCUGAAGAGUUCAAUGAGUUCAGACAGAAAUACACCAAGGACUUCACAGCGUUGGUCGAGAAGCACAUGGAGGAAAUACAGGACAUGAAGCGAAGGCAUGAGAGACAGAUGCAAGAGGAUGAAAAGAGCCAUGGUCAAAAGUACAAUCUGUUACAAGACCUCUUAACUCACAAAGAAGAAACACUGAAAGGAGAAAUAAAGGAGUUGAAGAGAACGCAUGAAGAAAAAAUGGAAGACAAAGAAAGCCAAUCAAGGGUUUUAAAAGAAGAAACAGAGAAGUUGAGGAAACGGCAUGAAGAGGAAAUGAAAGAGUUGAAAGAAAAAUACCAAAACAAAUGUAUCAUCCUUUGACCUCCCCACUGACUCUUGAUCAUUAUGAUGUUAAACAUUUUUUGAACAUCU